AUGGCCAAUCGUUUAAGAUCUAAUAUGAUAUUAGGCUACCUGUUUUCCAUAAAACUUCUACCUCGUGACAUAAUGUCUUGUACCAUGGAUCAGAGAAGUUUUGCGGCAGUUUAUCCCAAUAUUCGAAUUCAUCAACAAUCAUAG